UACCCUGCCGCGGUGAGGGCGCGAACGGUCCUGGUGGGUGCCUCCGAGGUGGCCUUGGCUGUGAAUCUCGCGAUUCCUGUGUCGGUGUCCACUGUCUGUGUCAGCCGCGAUACCUCGACUGGUGCUGGCAUCCCGCGAAGCUGACACACUGGUGAGGUACGAGACGAGCCGCUGGUGAUGGUGCUAGUGCCUGAAGCUGGGACUGGGGUCUAGUGUCGAGGACCGUCGUGGCUGAGCGGGGCGGAACCAUGGGAGAGAAGUAUAUGAUAUAUAAGGAACGGCGGCAGCGGAAGCAGCUGGAGUCCGCCCAUGAGAGGUCCACGAGGAGGUUCGUCAAAAUUCUGCAGAUGUCGGACGACGACCGGAUGUCGCUGACGACGGCCGUCAGUGACGAGGAGGAGGAGGGCGAGGCCUCACUGCACGCCUCUCCGUACCGGGUCACCAGGUCGGGCAGCUCCGCAGCCUCCUUCAACUGCACCGGCGCUGUGCGGAAGGCCGGUUUCCUCUCGGUGAAGAAAUGGUUGCUGCGCAAGAAGCACCAGGUGGAGCUGGCGCGCAAGCGUGGCUGGAAGGGCUACUGGGUGUGCCUCAAGGGCACCACGCUGCUCUUCUACCCGUGCGAGUCGCGGGAGGGACGCAGUAUCGAGCAGGCGCCCAAGCACCUAAUCAUCGUGGACGGCGCCAUCAUGCAGUCCAUCCCGGAGCACCCCAAGCGGGAGUACAUCUUCUGCCUGAGCACGGCCUUCGGAGACGCCUACCUCUUCCAGGCGCCGUGUCAAGUCGAGCUGGAAAACUGGAUCAACAGCAUCCACAGCGCGUGCGCGGCGGCGUUCGCGCGGCACCGCGGCAAGACAGGCACCCUGCACUUGCUGCAGGAGGACAUCUUCCGGCUGGAACGGUCCAUCGAGUCGGACUCGAAGCUGAAGCACAUGGCAGACCUGCAGCUGAGCGUGGUCUCGGAGCAGGAGAACAAGCAGGAGAUCACCUCGCAGCUGGCCAGCUACGACGACAGCUUGGAGCGGCUGCACUGCGAGCAGUUCCGACUGCGCUGCUACAUGGCCUCGCUGCAGGGCGGCGAGCUGCCCAACCCCAAGGGUCUGCUGACUCACGUCUCUCGCACCACCAAAAUGACGCUGAAUCGGCUCGGCGUCUUCAACGUGUCGUCGUUCCACGCCUACAUCUGCGCGCGCAGCCCGAGCCUGCUGAACAACCUGCUGGCCGGCCGCGGCGCCACCAAGCGGCGCGCGCCGAUGCUGUCGCGCAGCGGCAGCGGGGGGCGGCAGCCGCACCUUCAACCAGGACGGCACCGAGGAGCCACAGCGCACGUACCGUGUCCGGGUGCCCGACAAUCAGUUCGUUACUAUUCAUCUGCGGGACAAUAUGACGGUUGAAGAUUUCCUGAUCUCAGCCUCUCUGAAGAAGAACUUGAACCCGAUGGAGCAGUUUGUGAGGGUGAAAAAACGACGCGACAUGGAAAAUACCAACUACUUUGUGCCACAUCACUCAGAUCUCAUCGAUAAUUACCUACAGACGCACGAGGUGUGG